AUGUCCAAAGAUGGCCAGACAAAGUCUUUGAUUGUGCCGUACCCGCCGGUUGCAGCCCAAUUCGUAGGAAAAGAUGGUAAAGUAUCUGCUCAAGAAUGCCUCAUGACACUUGAGUUGCAAGAUGGAAGUGCCUACCAAGGGUUCUCUUUUGGAGCCGAAAAGAGCGUGUCUGGAGAAUUGGUUUUCCAAACAGGAAUGGUGGGAUAUACGGAAACGAUCACUGAUCCUUCCUACCGGGGUCAGAUUCUGGUUAUGACCUUUCCCCUUGUUGGAAACUAUGGUGUGCCUUCUAGAGAUACCAUGGACGAGCUCCUUGGAUCAUUGUCUCCUUACUUUGAAUCCAAGGAAAUCCACGUUGCGGGAAUGAUCUGUGCUUCUUAUUCGGGAGAAGACUACAGCCACUACCUCGCAGAAAGCUCAUUGGGAUCAUGGUUGAAGGAGCAGGGUGUUCCUGCCAUCUAUGGCGUCGACACCAGGGCUCUUACGAAGAAGAUCCGGACUCAAGGAAGUAUGCUCGGAAAGAUGAUGCUUCAAAAGAGCACUAGCGUUGGAGAGAAAAUUGCUAGUGGUUUGAGCUCUAUUGUUGGUACGAAGGGCGUAAGCCAAGAUUGGCGAAACGACUUUGAGGAGGUUGACUGGAUUGACCCCAAUGUUAAGAAUCUUGUCGCCGAAGUUUCCAUCAAGGAGCCAAAAAUCUUCUCGCCACCUGCGGAUAAAGCUUUGAAGCGACCCGAUGGUAAGACUGUCCGCAUCCUCUUCGUCGAUGUUGGCGGAAAGAACAACCAGCUCCGUUGCUUUCUUUCUCGAGGCGUGGAAGUCAAAGCCGUCCCUUGGGACUAUGAUAUCUCCCAGGAAGAUGGGGAAUAUGACGGUCUUUUUAUCAGUAACGGACCCGGUGACCCAGCGACUCUCUCCAAGACGGUAAAGAACCUCGAGAAGGCUCUCGCCGAUGCUAAGACCCCCAUCUUUGGUAUUUGUCUUGGUCAUCAGCUUCUUGCACGAGCAGCUGGCGCAGAGACGAAGAAAAUGAAGUUCGGUAACAGAGGGCAUAACAUCCCCUGCACUAACCUCAUCUCCGGACGAUGCUACAUUACCUCUCAAAACCAUGGUUUUGCGGUUGACACCGAAACAUUGAAAAACGGCUGGGAAGAGCUGUUUGUCAACGCCAACGAUGGCUCGAACGAAGGUAUUUGGCACACACAAAAGCCGUUCUUCAGUGUUCAGUUCCAUCCCGAGAGUACCCCCGGCCCCAAAGACACCGAAUUCCUCUUCGAUGUUUUCCUCAACGCCGUGAAGAAGACUCUGGGCCCUGAAAAGAACACUGCCAUGAACACUCCCGUGGAAAUGCCUGGUGGCCUCCUCGCUGAUAAUGAGAAGGUGUACCCUAAGGUUUCAAUAAAGAAAGUUCUUGUCCUGGGUAGUGGAGGUUUGAGUAUUGGACAGGCCGGAGAGUUUGACUAUUCUGGAAGUCAGGCAAUCAAAGCUCUCAAGGAAGAGGGAAUUUAUACUAUUCUAAUCAACCCCAACAUUGCUACUAUUCAAACCUCCAAGGGUCUUGCAGACAAGGUCUACUUCCUUCCCGUAACGGCUGAGUUUGUACGAAAGGUCAUCAUUCAUGAACGACCAGAUUCAAUUUACGUUACCUUUGGUGGUCAAACCGCUCUACAAGUCGGUAUUGAGCUUAAGGACGAAUUUAAAAAACUUGGAGUCAGGGUUCUCGGUACGCCCAUCGAGACAAUCAUCCAGACCGAGGACAGGGAGCUUUUUGCCAGGGCCAUGGAGGAUAUUGGCGAGAAGUGUGCCAAGUCCGCGUCCGCCUCAUCUGUCGAGGAAGCUUUGAAGGUGGUCAAGGACAUCAAGUUUCCAGUGAUCGUUCGCGCUGCCUACGCUCUUGGUGGUCUUGGAAGUGGUUUUGCAAACAAUGAGGAAGAACUGGUUGAUCUAUGCAACAAGGCAUUUGCCGCAAGCCCACAGGUGCUCAUCGAGAAGUCUAUGAAGGGUUGGAAAGAGAUUGAGUACGAGGUUGUUCGAGAUUGCCGCGAUAACUGCAUAACCGUGUGCAAUAUGGAGAAUUUUGACCCUCUCGGAAUCCAUACAGGUGAUUCAAUUGUUGUUGCGCCGUCUCAAACAUUGUCAGAUGAAGACUACAAUAUGCUACGAACAACAGCUGUUAAUGUCAUCAGGCACUUGGGUGUUAUUGGUGAAUGUAACAUUCAAUAUGCCCUUAACCCAUUCUCCAAGGAGUACUGCAUUAUUGAGGUCAACGCCCGUCUUUCCAGAUCGUCGGCUUUGGCUUCAAAGGCUACUGGAUACCCGCUUGCGUUCAUUGCUGCCAAAUUGGGUCUCGGAAUCCCUCUCAAUGAAAUCAAAAACUCCGUCACUAAGGUCACAUGUGCCUGUUUCGAGCCUUCUCUUGAUUACGUUGUAGUCAAGAUCCCGCGUUGGGAUUUGAAGAAAUUCACUCGUGUUUCUACCCUUCUUUCUUCUUCGAUGAAGAGUGUUGGAGAAGUCAUGAGUAUUGGCCGUACUUUCGAGGAGGCAAUCCAAAAAGCAAUUCGUGCAAUCGAUUUCCACAAUAUUGGCUUUAACCAAACCCAGGCCUUAAUGAGCAUCGAUCAGGAGUUGCAGACCCCCUCUGAUCAAAGAUUAUUUGCCAUUGCAAAUGCUAUGCACCAGGGUUAUACCGUGGAUAGAAUUUGGCAACUCACCCAAAUUGACAAAUGGUUCCUGAAUAAGCUCAUGGGACUGAUUGACUUUGGUAAAAUCAUGAGCACUUUCAACGCCUCGACUAUCACUGCCCCACUAUUCAGACAGGCGAAGCAGUUGGGAUUUUCAGAUAGGCAAUUGGCUGAGCUUUGGGGCUCUAACGAAGUUGCGGUCAGGAGGUUACGUGUUGAACAGGGUAUCAUGCCCAUUGUAAAACAGAUCGAUACUGUCGCUGCGGAAUUCCCUGCUUUCACCAAUUACCUUUACAUGACUUAUAAUGGCAUUGAACACGAUGUGGAUUUCAAUGAUAAGGGUGUCAUGGUUCUUGGGUCCGGUGUUUACAGAAUCGGAUCUUCCGUCGAAUUCGAUUGGUGUGCUGUUCGUGCUGUCAGGACUCUUCGUUCAAAGGGUGUCAAGACAAUCAUGGUCAACUACAACCCCGAGACUGUCAGUACUGACUAUGAUGAGGCCGAUAAACUUUACUUCGAGAACAUCAACCUCGAAACUAUCCUCGAUAUCUACCAGCUUGAAUCAUCAAGCGGUGUUAUCAUUGCUAUGGGUGGUCAAACUCCUAAUAACAUUGCUCUUCCACUACACCGCCUUAACGUCAAGAUCUUGGGAACUUCACCUGAGAUGAUUGACAGUGCCGAGAACCGGUACAAAUUUUCCCGCAUGUUGGAUAGAAUUGAGGUGGACCAGCCAGCUUGGAAGGAACUCACCAGUAUUGAAGAGGCUGCAGACUUUUGCGAGAAGGUCACUUAUCCUGUAUUGGUUCGCCCGUCCUACGUGCUCUCUGGAGCGGCCAUGAACACCGUAUAUUCAAAAGACGAUCUCGCAAACUAUCUCAAUCAGGCAGCCGAUGUCUCAAAAGAACACCCUGUGGUCAUCACCAAGUACAUUGAAAAUGCCAAGGAGAUUGAGAUGGAUGCUGUGGCAAAAGAUGGAAAGAUGAUUAUGCAUUUCAUUUCAGAGCAUGUUGAGAAUGCUGGUGUUCAUUCAGGUGACGCUACAUUAAUUUUGCCCCCACAGGAUUUGGACCCGGAAACUGUGCGGAGAAUCGAAGAGGCCACCAGAAAAAUCGGAAACGCUCUUAAUGUCACUGGUCCAUUCAACAUUCAGUUCAUUGCAAAGGACAAUGAGAUCAAGGUGAUCGAGUGCAAUGUCAGAGCUUCACGAUCAUUCCCAUUUGUUUCUAAGGUCAUGGGCGUAGAUCUUAUCGAGAUGGCAACUAAGGCAAUCAUGGGACUUCCAGUAGAUGCGUAUCCCGCUAUUGAUAUUCCAAAAGACUAUGUUGGAAUCAAGGUACCACACUUCAGUUUCUCCCGUUUGUCGGGCGCGGAUCCAGUUCUUGGUGUGGAAAUGGCCUCUACCGGUGAGGUUGCAUGCUUUGGUCGCGAUAAAUUCGAGGCGUACCUCAAGGCCCUGCUCUCUACUGGGUUCCGUUUGCCUAAGAAGAACAUUCUCUUGUCCAUUGGUUCCUUCAAGGAAAAGAUGGAGAUGCUUCCAUCUGUCAAGAAGCUACACCAGCUCGGAUACAAGCUCUUCGCCACCGCCGGUACUGCGGAUUUCAUCCAAGAGCACGGAAUCCCCGUCCAGUAUCUCGAGGUUCUUGGUGAAGGUGCACCUGGAGAGUCAAGUGACCAAAAGUCUGAAUACUCUUUGACGCAGCAUUUGGCCAACAACUUGAUCGAUUUGUAUAUCAACUUGCCUUCUGCCAAUAGGUUCCGUAGACCUGCGUCAUACAUGUCUAGAGGUUACCAAACCAGACGUAUGGCCGUCGAUUACCACACUCCUCUGGUCACCAAUGUCAAGAACGCGAAGCUACUGAUUGAGGCUAUUGCUCGUGGCUUUAAGCUGGAUGUCGAUACUGUUGACUAUCAAACAAGUCACCGCACUAUCACACUCCCUGGCCUUGUGAACAUCGCCGCUUUUGUUCCUGGCCUAGCCAAAGAAGGCAGCAAAGAUUUCGAGCGUGUUACUAAAGAGUCUAUUGCUUCAGGAUUCUCAAUGAUUAGAGUGUUACCCCUAGGUGUCGAGAACAGUCUGACAGAUGCCAAAGCCUUGCAGACGGCUCAGGCGAACAGCAAGAAGGCUCAUUGUGAUUUUAACUUUUCUGUCGCGGCUACAUCAACCAACGCUCAGCAGCUGGGCCAGCUUACUACCCAAGUUGGUUCUCUUUUCAUUCCUUUCAACCAUCUUUCUGGCAACAUAAACAAGGUAGCAGCGGUCACUUCUCACUUCGAGAUUUGGCCUGCACAAAAGCCUAUAAUGACUGACGCGAAAACCACGGACCUGGCCUCGAUACUGCUUCUUGCCAGUCUCCACAAUCGCAAUGUCCACGUUACCAGUGUGACAACAAAGGACGAUAUCCGAUUGAUUGCCUUGAGUAAGGAAAAGGGUCUUAAGGUCACAUGCGAUGUUGCUGUCUAUACUCUCUUUUUCACGCAAGAGGACUAUCCUGAGUGCACCUCAUUGCCGACAGUCAAGGACCAAAAGGCACUUUGGGAGAACUUAGCCAGCAUUGACUGCUUCUCUGUGGGAAGUUUGCCCUAUCAAUUGGCUCACGACACCAAGAAUGGACCUUGCCCUUCUGUUGGUAUUGUGGACUCGCUUCCUCUAUUGAUCACUGCCGUAUGCGAUGGUCUCUUGACAAUUGAGGAUGUUAAGCUUCGCCUGCAUGAUAAUCCAAAGGCAAUUUUCGAGCUACAUGAUCAGCCUCUCUCCUCUGUUGAGGUUGAAAUGGACAGGUCAUAUGUCUUGCAACCAUUCGAAGUUUGGUCUCCUCUCGUCGGACGCAAGCUCAAGGCGACUGUAAAGAGGGUCACUUUCGAAAAUACGACUGUCACCCUUGACGGCCGUGUCAACAGUGAUGGUACACUCGGGUCGCAGGCCUCUGUCACAUUCCACAACCCGGUUUCUAACGCUCCAGCUGCGGCUCCUGAGCCUUCCCGUGCUCCGGAGGCUUCUCAUGCCCGCCAGAUCCUGAGCCCGAAUUUGAUGGCACGUAUGCAUUCCGUAAGUAACGAGAUGCCAUCACUUCAUGUUGGAAGUCCUAUGGUAGAGGCAGUACCAAGCCUUCCCUCUCAAAUAUUGCCGCCUGUGCCUAUGGUAUCUCCAUCGCUCCAGAAGCUUCUAUCUCGGGAGAACAUGUUCAAGCGCCGCCAUAUUCUUUCUGUCAGCCAAUUCAACCGUGCGGACCUUCAUCAUCUCUUCACCGUUGCACAGGAGAUGAGACUCGCUGUUGAGCGUUGGGGAGUCAUUGAUCUUCUUAAGGGCCGCUUGCUCUGUACCAUGUUCUUUGAGCCAUCCACUCGCACUUCUGCAUCUUUUGACGCCGCUAUGCAACGCCUUGGAGGACGAACUGUAGCUAUCUCAGCUGCACACUCAAGCCAGGUUAAGGGUGAAACUCUACAGGAUACUAUCCGUACUCUUGCAUGCUACGGUGAUGCUGUUGUGUUGAGACACCCAGAUGAAUCUAGUGCUGCCACAGCUGCUAGAUUUUCGCCAGUUCCUAUCAUCAAUGGAGGAAACGGCAGUCUUGAGCACCCUACUCAGGCGUUCCUUGACCUCUUUACGAUCCGUGAGGAAUUGGGAACCGUCAAUGGUCUUACAAUCACCUUUGUGGGAGAUCUUAAAUUCGGCCGCCCAGUGCACUCCCUAGCGAAGCUUCUCCAACACUAUCACGUCCGUAUCAACUUUGUUUCUCCCCCGCAGCUCGCUAUGCCACCAACGAUCAUCGAAGCUCUCCGAGCUUCUGGCAUGACUAUCGAAACGUACACCGAGCUUACAUCUGAUGUUGUUGCCAACUCCGAUGUGCUUUACUGCACGCGUGUUCAGAAGGAACGCUUUGAAGAUCUAUCUGAAUUCGAGAGAUUGAAGAACAGCUUCGUGAUUGACAAUACGGUUAUGAAGAAUGCGAAGAGUCAUAUGGUCGUUCUGCACCCAUUGCCAAGGAAUGCAGAAAUCGGGGAAGAAUUGGACUUUGAUCAAAGGGCAGCUUAUUUCAGACAGAUGAGGUAUGGGCUUUACUGCAGGAUGGCUUUGCUUGCGUUAGUCAUGGUGUAG